AUCAGAUAAGCAAAGAGCCAAUCGGAUAUUUGGAGCUGUGCACACGCAUGAAUGUCCCCUUUAGAAAAAAAAAAUAGACUGCAUAAGGAGGACUUCAUUGACGGGGAAUCCACCCACAGGCACGUCUUUAUUUCCACACUGGGACACGACUGUAUCUCUGCACGCCAAAUGCCCGAGAACAGCGCACAUGGGCCCGGCCAGCAGCAGAACGCAGGUCCCGCCGCGGAGGAGUCGCGGACGGCGGAGGAUGUUUUCGACGACACCUCCGCGGAGAAAGUAGGUCCCAAACCUCCGAUGCGGCUGGUGUGGAGGAACAUCCUCCUCAUGAUCCUGCUGCACGCCGGCGCGCUCUACGGAUUCACCCUCAUCCCGGCGGCGGCCACACUCACCCUGGCCUGGACUGGCGUGUGCUUCAUGAUCAGCGCCCUGGGUAUAACAGCGGGCGCGCACAGGUUAUGGAGCCACAAAACCUACAAGGCGUCACCCCCCCUAAAGGCCUUCCUCGUUCUUGCCAACUCCAUGGCCUUUCAGAACGACAUCUACGAGUGGGCGAGGGACCACCGAGUCCAUCACAAGUACUCGGAGACGGACGCCGACCCCCACAAUGCGAAGCGGGGCUUCUUCUUCGCCCACGUCGGCUGGCUGCUGGUUCGCAAGCACCCCGACGUCAUCUCCAAGGGCCGCAAAGUGGAGAUGUCCGACCUGAAGGCCGACAAAAUGGUCAUGUUUCAGAGGCGGCACUACCAGCUCUCGGUGGUGGUCUUGUGCUUCCUGGUGCCCACGCUGGUGCCCUGGUACUUCUGGGGCGAGUCCCUCCUGGUGGGAUACUUCCUGCCCGGACUGUUCCGGUACACCGUGGUGCUCAACGCCACCUGGCUGGUCAACAGCGCCGCGCACAUGUGGGGCAACAGGCCUUACGACAACACCAUCAACCCCAGGGAGAACAUGUUCGUCGCCUUCAGCGCCGCGGGCGAAGGCUUCCACAACUUCCACCACACCUUCCCCUUCGACUACGCCACCAGCGAGUUCGGCUGCAAGCUCAACCUCACCACCGCCUUCGUCGACCUCAUGUGCCUGCUGGGCCUGGCCUCCGAGCGCAGGGUGGCGUCCAAGGAGGUCGUGGCCGCCAGGGUGCAGCGGACGGGCGACGGCAGCGUGAAGAGUGGCUGAGGCGCACCGUGGCGAGGCGUGAUGAUGAUGAUGACGACGACGACGAUGGAGGGUGAGGCGCUCACACCUCUUGAUUGUUAUGAGACGACGCAGAUGUGGAAGCUUCAGCCAGUGUAGCCAUGUCACCUUAAUAUUAAACACAUUGGAGGAUGAAAA